UUUGUGGUACUUUUCUGCCUCAAAAUGGACUUGUUGAGUGAGGCUUGAUAGUUCUGAAAAUAAUGAUAAGAGUCAAGGCACUUGCCCCGGUAAAAAUUUUGAAUUUGUUUCUUUAUUUAUUUCAAGUUCCCGUAAGAUAGAUGCAUUAAAAUAUUGUUUCUGUAAAACACUUAGUCUGGAUACGGCCGUGGAAGGUUUACAUUUGUUAGAUUUGGUGGCUUACAUUUGUAUACAUACAGACGCCUCCUAGCUGAACAAAGAGCUCGUCAGAAUUCACUCAGCUUCCUUCAAAAAACAUAACCAGCAUAAAGUUGCUUUGAUUAAAUUUGAAGAACACAGAUUUACUGCGAGGCGAGGAAUUGCAGUUUUAAUUUUGUACGCAAAUGUCUCUAAAUUUUCCCAGGAAUUAAGGAUUCGGUUUUACCGGCAAAUGUAUGGAAAAAUGAAGACCUCGGCUUUUCUAGCGAGGUUACUUCCCUCAAAUUUGAUCAGUAGAUUCUUUUACUUGAUAGUUUUUAGAUACCUUUAGUUUUUAGUUCGUAAAUAUUUCAGAUUUCGAACUUUCCGUAAGUUGUUAGAUAUUAAAUUCUCCACUUUUCCCAUACAUUUACUGUAAUGUAUUGCCGUGUUUGUCCCCAAAACAAGAGGUCGCCAGAAACCGUAAAAAGGACGUUCUAAUGAGUUGUGUUCUGUUGCAAAACAACAGGGAGGUUAAGCAAGAACAAAGGCAACGUCGAAGACCAUGCCAAGUCCGAAAAAGAUUGUCAUGUUUUGUACUUUCCAAUAUCGAAUUUGCCUAGAUCUGUCUACGUUAUUAAUUUUUGCGUUGCAAAAGUAAUUUACACUGAUGACAAAUUAUGUAGUACUUAAUUUAUUUCAUUAGUAAACCAUAAUGUCAAGUGAAGUAUACUUAGGCAUCUUUCCUGGACUCUUUGCAGAUUGGUUAUCGGCUCGCGGCUGUGGAGACCAUUUAUCCCGACACAAGGACCAGCAGAAAGAAAGGCUAUGGCGUUCCAAAGUUCAUGGGGAUCUGGGCCUGAAGCAAAGUCGAGUGAAGAAGAAGAAGUCCCCAGAGAGAUAAGGAAUAUUUUGGACCAGAUCGCAGCUCCAGGGCCAGGGUUUGGACCAAUGAUAGACUUUCCUUUCACCAGUUGGACUCAAGGAGAAUGCCUUGGGGCAGGAAAUUUUGGCAAGGUGUACAAGUGUCAUGUUUUGAAUAAAAUAAAAGCAGUGAAAAUAGUUAAAAUGGAGCCUCAGUACACCGAAACACAAGAGGAGGUGAAAGCUCUAAACAACGAAAUACGCAUUUUGAAGAAACUUAGUGACAUAAGAAUCGUGUCAUAUUAUGGAAGUGAACAAAAAGAUUGUUAUCUUCAUUUGUUUAUGGAAUUCAUGGCUGGGGGAUCAUUAUCCGCCCACAUAAAAAAGAGGGGAGUUCUCCCUGAGAGUGAAUCAGGAUGGUACACAAAUCAAAUGUUGCAAGGCAUCAAAUUUCUGCAUUCACAGAACGUAAUUCACCGAGAUAUAAAAGGAUCGAAUGUCCUUUUAGACGGAGAAGGAAAUGUAAAACUAGCGGACUUCGGGCUGUCAAAAAUGAUUCAGAAAGUUGGCAGUAAAACAAAUUUGGUAUCUUAUUGCGGCACCCCGUACUGGAUGGCACCAGAAAUAUUCUGGGGUAAAGGCUAUGGACGGAAAGUAGAUAUUUGGAGUCUAGGUUGCACAGUUGUCGAAAUGUUAACAGGGAAACCUCCUCUGGGUCAUCUUGAGUCAGCGGCGGCCAUGUUUAGGAUUGGCUCCAAACCCAUCGAGCCUACGCUGCCAGAGAAUGUAUCAUUAGAUGCAAAAGAGUUUGUUAAGGCUGCUUUGACCUGGAAACCUGACGAGCGACCUUGGUCCGAUGAGUUGCAACGUUACAACUUCGUUUCUAAAGGUACAGCCACAGAAAUCGACAGAACUGUUUUUUAACCUUUUUUCCAGUUGUCCAUUAGACUAUAUUAUAGCACAUAUAUCAUCUACAGCUACUUAAAGAGCUCAUGGCACAAGUACAGCCCAUUGGAAAUAAAAACCUACAUGAGGUUACUGGAAUAUCCGUUCAGCGUAUGGUGCAUGUUUUCGUUUUCAGCAACUAAAUGAUGCCCUACCUCAUUUUACAUAAGGCCGAAAAACUUGUCAUCAGGAAUUAUUUUCGAAAUAUGACGUCUGGAUCUCGGACUUGGCUUAAUCUCAUCGAGGGCCAAGUCUAAAAAAAUCAUCGUAUGUUUUUUAAUUCCCGCCCAAGUUAAUAAUUUUAGGGGCAAGUUUUGAUAAAAAGCAAAAUAACACCCCACACCAGUUGUAUUCAAGGCAAUGUUUCUGAAAAUCAAACCGAGCGAUUUCUCUGAGAUUUUCACUCCAGGCAAUUAGAUGUUUUAAGAUUCAUUUAACACCAUAAUACCAUUUCGUCAAGUCUUGUGGACACAGUUUGCAAUAACAUUUUAAAACAGCUCCGUUUUUGUUGUAUUUUGACACCUUAAAACUUUACUCGCAAUUUUCUCGAAAACGCUCGCACAGAUCUUUUUUUAAAUUUUGCCAUCGUUAAGACAACUGUGUCAAGUCCGAGAUCCCGCCGUCAUAUUUCGAAAAUAAACUCUGAUGGCAAGUUAUUCGGUCUUAUGUAAAAUGGUGUGGCCAGGAGCCAUAAUCGGGGACGGAGACUGUAAGCGCGCGCUAU